AAACAACUUCCUGCUGUUGAAAAAUGACCACGCCUACUCAUACAUCACAAAAGGAGGAAGCCGACGAAAUGAGGACCUCGUUGCUGUCUUCUUCAAAAUUUUGCGCGUAAAAAUGUUUUUGUUUUCAUCAAUUUAUUGCAAAUAUUGCUCCGAGUAGGAUUGCAGGAAGAAGUUAUGAAAUAUUCAAGGAUGUUCGUCAUUGAUUUUUUUAUUUGUGUUUUAUGAGGCGCCAUAGGGGAGAAAUGGCAUCAGCUGUUUGAUGUCAUUUUAUGUAAUGUUUCAUUUUACUACAGUUGAAAGCUAUGAGAUUUUACCAUGAGUUACAGCAAUGUUCGGACAUUGACAGGCACAUGUGAAAGAUGUCACAGUACACUACAAUCUGUGGCCGAGCUCCUCAUUUUAUCCUGUGAUGCUCGUCCAAUCAGGACAGACACCGUCUCAAGCAAAUCCACGAUCUCACAGAUAAGUGAGCGAAUUGUAACUAGCACCAAGACAAUCAAAACGUUGAUGAAGAGCGUAAUAAAUUAUGUUCACAUGAUUACAACGAAGUCCGUGGAAAUCUGCGAGGGGCUUACUGAACUCUCCUCCACUGUUGUAACAUUCAUGGAGUUAUGUAGUCACAUUGCCUAUAUUUGUGCAAUAUCUUUUAAAGAUUGUUGUCAAGCUAUACCGGGACUUGUAGAUCGAUAUUCUAUAUGCUUAGCAGGACUAGAAAUUAAAUUAAGUUGCACUAGAUUAAAGAAGACUCGGAUUGAUGACCUUUCACCUCAGCUUAUCAUCGAUUUGUGUUCAAAUAUAUCUAAACAUAUAUCAGUGUUAACAAAUAUUUGUAAGUCUGCUGACGAGAAAGUCCGAGAGGAAGGGACGAGGGACCAGUUUAAACUGUGCGUUAAGAGUGUGACUUGUGCCGCGGGUUGUCUUAUAGCUAGUAUAAAAACCUACAAAUCACAUCCAAAUACACGACACCAUUCUCGCUUUCUUAACUUUUGUGACCCUGUGACGUCAACGGCCCAAGCUCUCGUUAGUUUCGCCACAGAAGAAGACUUCAUCGGCAAAGAGGCCGUACUUACCCCUGAAGCCAGAGAUAUACAGAAGUCCAUUCUUGCGGCCUGUAUGAGUAUUGUGUCCGCCUCUAUACAGUUGUGUAAGACAGUCCGAGAACUGUCCUAUGACCUUAUGACCUCUCACCAUAAAGAUAAACUUAGAAUGUGUAUGGACAAUGUUGACCGUUCUUCCGUCCAGCUCAGAGAAAUUCUACAGAGAUAUCAUGGAGGUGACCAUUCCAACAGUGGACAUCAACCAAACUUCACAAACUCUGGUGACGGUGAAAGGGGAAAUAACUGUGAUAAUUCUCUGUCUGCCAAGGGAAGUAACUCCCCACCCCGCCAUCUCGCAAACUUAUUUCGACAGGAAUUUUCUGAGCAGGGGAAAUCCCCUGACAGUCCUCCACACGAGAAGUUUGCUCAGUUGCUACGGGAACAGUCGCCAUUGGCGUGUGGGAGUGAUGAGGAUGUCCGGUCAGGGGGACAUAACUCUAAACCUGUAGAGGGAGAAUCUUACAAAGGGUCACGUGAUGAAGUGGGCAACACAGAGGAAAGAAAUAUCCCAGGAAGUCCUUCCUCAGAAACCUCAGGACAUUCAGCGGCAUCUAGAUAAUCAAAGUACUGAAAGGAUCCACAACUAUUUCUUAAAAUUACUCACAGUUCUUAGAAGGCUGGAUGUAUUGUGUAGUGAAAAAACAAAAUAUUGAAGAAUAAAACACUCUGAUGAUUUUAUCUUAAAUAAAAGAGAAGUACAAUA